AUGCCCUCUGAAGUGUUGAAGCGUCGGGUGGUUGAUGCUGCGACUGCUGCGGGAACGAAAAAGAUGGCCCUGGGCCCAAAGGGCGACGCCGAUUGGCCCGAGCGGGUCCCGCUGCAAAGCCAGAAAGCCCGGCCGCUCUCGAGAAAAACACCCCAGCUUCACUACUUCGACGACACGCUUGGCUAUGGGCUUCUAACGGCGUUGCUUCUUCUCUAG